CAUUAUAUAGAGAUAUUCGCUUCAAUAGGUAUAAAUUUUGUAAUCAACAAAUAAAUCCAAAUGUUGUGGCUACAUGUGCUCAGAGCAUGCUGUUUAAUGUGGAAGCAAACAUAAUAUUUUCUUUUACAUUACACUUAUUUUAUAGCUAGGUUGUGAUCAUUUUCUGUGUAGAAGGAAGACACCAUAAGGUUUUACUUCUCUGUUCAAUCGUGUACCUUCUUAUUGGGUGCAACAGCCAACGAUUGUUAGUGGCAGAAAGAGAAAGUCAAAGCAUAAGAAUGUAAACGACUAACGUUAACAUGAGCAGCGUUUCAUCUGUAAGAUCAUGCUUUGUGAUUUUGCCUAAGGCUGGACAGCCCUUCACGAAGCUUGUGACAGAGGCUUUAUUGAAGGCAUACAAGAAUUACUAAAAGCAGGUGCUGAUGUCAACAGUAUAGGAAUGGAUGGUGUAUCACCAUUGCAUGAUGCUGUGAGAAGUUCCCAUUAUGAGGCUGUGAAACUCUUGCUAGAGCAUGGAGCUAAUCCCAACCAGAAAAAAAGCGAUGGACUGACUGCUUUUGAUGAAGCGGAAAAUCAUCAGAUCAGAGCACUACUCAAAACCUUCCGUAGCAGUGAAGCGACUGUGUGUAAACAAUCACAGCUAGGUAAAGGACCUUUGAGGGAUAACUCUGCCUUUUGUAUAGGUGAUCAAGCUCCACCAACCCUUCAAAAUGAUAACGGCUCAGAAAGUUCACAUCACUAUUUGUUGCAACACAAGUCCAUUAUGACAAUACUGGAUGAAGUUGAAAAGAAACAGGAAGGAAUAAUGAAAGAACUGAAAGAAACGGAAUCAAUUGCUGGAGUUAAACUGAAGUUGGCACAAAUGCAGCAUGUAUUAAAUGAAGUGCUUGCCAAGCACAAAGCUGAAAAGGAAAGUCUUGUUAAAAGAUUCAGGGUCACUCCGGGUUCAUUCAGACAGGAUAUAUUACAGAGGCAAUUAACUACACUGGCUUGCAGACAGAAGAGAUUUCUAAGUAUGUUACACAAAAAAAAAGCACUGGAUCGGAAAUUGAAAGAAUGCAACUUAAAACUGCAGAAUACUCAGCACAACGCUUCAAUAAACCAAGCAGUUGCAAGUUUGAUUCACAUAACUAAGAGCAUUACUACAGGUAACCCCAAUUCAAGUAAAAUACAGCAUCCAAAUCAGAAUGAAGCGUCAACUGCCAAUCCUGAUAGUGGACAAUCAGGGGAAAUAUGCAUCACCUCUCCAAAUCAGGAACCAGGAGCCAGACAAAAAAUACGUUGUUUGAACCAGACAGAAGCAGAUACAACUGACAAUCCGGUUGCCAAUACAAUCGUCACUUCCCGAGAAGGAACCGUUGGAUGCAGUAAUAAAAUAAAUGUUCCAUUUUGCAUACUUGACUGCACCCAUAGCCAGAGCAAUAUGCAAACAACAAAUACAUCUCAGUCAGCCUCAGGCAAAGGUAAAGAGAGUGCUCCUUUACAACCGAUUGCUUCACAAUUGUCUCAUGCACAAAUGGAAACCUCAAGCAUAAGCCAAAGUGAUUGUAGUGAUUUAACAUCAUGCAGUAGCUCUGGACAGAAUGUCCUGUUGAAAAGCAUGCAAUGUACAAAUACAAAAGAUAAUUUCAAGCCCAACUCCACGAAUGCAAGUGCGCAGUCAAGAACUGAAGAAUUCAGUGCUAACAGCAGUAAAGCCAUUGAAAUAUUUUCAGUACCAUUCAACAAUAUUCCAUUAAAAACAUCAUUGCCGGUAUGUCGAAUUGCCCGACCUCAAAUGUCACAACCUAAGCCCGGCCUUGUACACAGUAACAAACCAAACACACCAUCAGAGUAUCAACAACAGACAUCCCAGUUUAACAGUACAAAACCAAGCAGUGCUCCCCGAUGCAUUGGAAUGUUUCAAGCAAACAGCAACAGCCAGUGCUCAAUGCAGAUAAACAACAACCAACUUACUAGCAGCCAGACAAAUGUUAGCCUGGCAAGAACUGCCUCUAAUUGUCGUAGAAAACCAGCCUCAGAAUGUUUACCUCACAACAAUGGCGAUAGACAGAGAAAAAUUAUACACUUAAUAGAUCUAAUCAAGUGCGGAGUAAUACAGCCAGGAGAAAAUGCCCUGGAACUCAAACUACAGGGAUCUUGUCAUAAAGCUGAGCUCCUGAGCAGUGGUUUGAUUAGAAGUAGUAAUGGAAUUAGCCAUCGUAGUCCAGUGCGUUGGAUGAAAGCACUUCUGGGUGACGACAUUCCAGUCAACUGGAGGGUUGCAUGGAACAAGGUUACAUACAGAGGAAAGGAACUUUUAAAAUACGUUCCCAUGACUAAUUCGUCGACUGUAGUUCCACAGUCACGACCUUUAUUACAGUCAGCCAAAUUAACUACCUUAACAGAUAAGACAUCUUCUGUCCCAACACAAUGCAGCAUUGUCACAGAAGCUCCCAAACAGUCUACGAACAUGAAAUCUCCUAGCAGUUUUAUGCAGAUUCGGGAGAUUCUACUGAUAACCAAUAAUGAAUUAUUUCCAAGUUACAUCAUAGACCAACACUGGAAACAUUACAUAGAGUGUGACAAUUGGGAUUUCUAAAAAAUUCUCCAAACAUUUAACGCAAAUGUUUUAUGAACAGAAGAAAUCUGAUCAAACUGGAAUCCACUGUAUCUUCAUUUUUUUCCUUUAAAAAAUGCCAAACUAUUGGCUCGAGAACAAAAAUGUCAUUAUCCUAAAUUUACAUUCCUUUCUUGCAUUUCACAGUAAUUGCAUCUUUUUAAGAACAUUUUCGCUAUUAUCUCUCACUGAAGUCAAUAUUUAAUUUAUAUGGCACUCACUUGAAGAAGCUUUUCCCCUCUUUUAGAACUGAACAUGGAUAAUGCACUGGUUACAUAGUAUAAUUUUUCAUGUUAAGCAGUGACUUUUGUCAUUGUAACAGAACAAAGCAGACUUCUGUUGAAAAAAUCCACUUACCCCAAAAUAUUUAUUCAAACAAAUGAAAAUUAAAUGACUUGUUCUAGCCGUUACGGUUUAUCGUAUACCAGUGAAUCAUUAGUAAAGGGUGAAAUGUGUUUACUGUUUUGUUUGUUUUUCAGUCUUGUUUAAUAUCAUUCAGUUAAUAUGAAUUUGGCGUUUAACUUGUUUAACUUGUCAAACUUGUUACAUAAGGUUUUUUUU